GUGCGCAGGAGUCUUUCUCGGACGUUUAGGACCUUUAGUAAGAGGGCGAAAAUGCAUUCCACUCGGAAUAUUUCCAACGGAUUUUCCAAGUUCCUAAAUUCUACAACUGUUUUAACAUCACCAGUCGCCAGAAGUAUACCAGUUCUAGCGAUUAAGCACAAGGAACCAGUAUUGAAGGACUCGAGGUUGAAUUAUGCAACGCCAACAGGGAAUGCCUGCGUCACAACAAAUUUGUUGGGCAAGACACAAGUGAGGUUUAGUCAUACAGACAUUCCUGUGCCAGAUUUUUCAGAAUAUCGCCGUGAAAGUACCAAGGAUCCUAGUGUCUCAAACCCACAGUAUGCUAGCAGGGCAUUCACUUACAUGAUGCUGACUGGCUUUGGAGUUACUGCUGCUCAUGCUGGCAAGAACAUAUUGGUUGACUUCCUGUCAACAAUGAGUGCAUCAGCUGAUGUUUUGGCUUUGGCAAAGGUUGAAGUUGAUCUAUCUGCCAUCCCUGAAGGGAAAAGUGCAACGAUUAAGUGGAGAGGAAAGCCUUUGUUUGUUAGACAUCGUACCCAGCAAGAAAUUGAUGAAGUGCGAGCAGUUGAUAUUAAUUUAUUGCGUGAUAUUGAAACAGAUGAUAUCCGCGUGAAGGAUCCAAAAUGGCUGGUUCUAAUAGGUGUGUGCACUCACCUUGGCUGUGUACCAAUUGCAAAUGCUGGUGAUUAUGGUGGAUAUUAUUGUCCUUGCCAUGGCUCACAUUAUGAUGCUUCAGGUCGAAUCCGAAAGGGACCAGCCCCAUUGAACUUGGAAGUGCCAACAUAUGAAUUCACUGAUGAAACAACUCUUGUUGUAGGUUAAUAUAUUCUUUAAAGAUAAAACGGUAAUUUGUCAACUUUGUUUAUGGAAAUUUGUAAUGUUUAACCCCAACUUGCUUUGUGACUGAUAGAAUAAUGUGUGCAACUCGACUACUACAUUGUUUAAAAUUUUCAUUUUCUGUGCAUCCUUGCUGUUAAAUGGAGUACUUAUUUUAUGUAAAUAAUGUGAACUUGUAUGUCACAUUACAAUGGUAUCCAGUAAA